GAGGACUUUUAACCUCAGACGUUUAUAACUAAGGUUACCUAUCUGUUCGUUGACUCUAUAGAUACAAAAAAAAAUAUGAGGCUGCUGUUGGUUUUAAGCCUGGCCAUAUUGGUUGCCUUCGUAGCGGGUGCUGAUGACACUGCCGAUGACUAUUACGAUUAUUACGACUAUGGUGAUGACUACUAUGGCGACUAUGAUGCAGAGUCCAGUUCGGAAAGUGGUAUUGGUGCAUCCGGUAGCUCAGAAGAUGAUGCUAGCACCUCCGAGGACAGCUCCUCCGGCGAAGCUUCCGAUAGCUCUGAAACUGACACAGCUAGUUCUUCAGAAACUGGAGAUAGCUCCUCCGCAGAAACGGCCUCCAAAUCAACUCCAACCAAGGCAAAGAAAGCCGCUGCCCGCAGAAAUAGAAGGCGCAGGCGCACCACCUUGGCUCCAAGACGCUCCACCACAGCUGCUCCCAAACGCAAGGCAGUGGCAGCCGCGCCUGCCAAGAAGCAAACACCUGUUGCCCAAAAGAAGAAGACACCUGUGGCAGCCAAGAAGAAGGCGAAUGCCGCCGCCAACAAACGCAAACGCACAGGAUAAAUCAUUCAUAGUCACUAAAAGUUCUAACAUCAGAUUUUUAGGAAGACCAAGAGACAUCUUGUAGAAUCUACAUUAGUCUCGGAAUAUUUCAUAUGUUGUUUUCUGUACAUAAAAUCCAU